AUGUCGAGCUGCUCCGCGUACGUGCUGGCGGUGACAUGCGGUGCCAAUGGUGGGUACCUGCGCUUCCUGCCUGAUGCGGUGGCAGCAUGGAGGAGCUCUGCAAAGGAAUGCAAGAUCCUUGCCGCUCACCGAGGCCCUAUUCACUAUAUAGUUCUUGUCUCUUACUGCCUCGAGCGCUACAACGCCACCUUCGAGGACUGGUUGAAGUUACCAAUGCUAAACAACCUCUCUCAGCUUGAUUUCCAGUUUGCCACCAAGAAUACCACAACAGAUCAGGAAGCUGACAUGACCUACUCGCUAGUACUCUCAUCGCUUUGCUUCUCCCCCACCCUACAGGUGGUCAACUUGUCUAGGUGUUGCAUCCCUGAUGAUCUUAUUACUCGGCCACUCCAUUUCCCUAAAUUAAGAAAGCUCAAUCUCCAUUCGAUCAGGGCAUCAGAGGAUGCUCUCCAUGCUAUGAUAUCUGCCUGCCCGAGUCUAGAGAGCCGGAACAUCAACUACACGAUUGGGCUGCCUCGCCUUUGCAUUAGACCUGCUUCAAUAAGGAGCCUAUGCAUAGGCACCACACAUGGUCUGAAACAGGAGGCAAUCUUCCAAGAGAGAGUUGUCGAGGAUGCACCGCUCCUCGAAAGGUUGAUCCCAGCUUUUCUAGACGAUGGCCAUGCGAGCAUCCGGGUAAUUAGUGCACCAAGACUAGAGAUAUUGGGCAUCCUGCGCCGCUUCAUCUCCAGACUUGAGAUUGGGACUGUGGAAAUGUCUUCUGUUUGCAUGGCAAUGUCAGUGCCCACUGUGAAGAUUUUGGUCCUUCAGUCAGUUGGCCCUAACCUAGCUGCUGUUGUGGACCUUCUCAAAUAUUUUCCCUGUCUGGAGAAGAUGUACAUCAAGCUAUCACUUCAACCUAAUGCGAAAAAUGAUCUACGCAAUUAUCAUCCAAGACCUUUUCACUGCCUGGAACACCAUCUUAAGAGUAUUGUGCUUAAAAGAUAUCAAGAGAAGACACCCGUGAUUAACUUUGCAAAGUUCUUCAUUUUGAACGCCAAAGUUCUAAAGGUAAUGACAUUUGGUGUCCGGGAUAUCAUCCACCAGAAUGAGAAAUGGAUGACCAAUCAACGCAGGAGGCUACAGCUGCAUAAGAAAGUUUCUAUGGAAGCUCGAUUUGAUUUUGAUAGCAAAUACUGGUGCGAUUACCCGGAAUCUACCAAGAUCGAUGACUUCUCUAUCUCAGACCCAUUUGAUUUGUCACUGUAG